CCCAGAAGCGCUCGUUUCAGCUAUCCAUCAGAUUGGCCACUGCGGUCGUCGCACUGCGACCAACCACCGCCGCGACGGAGAUGACGCCCCUCACCCCCGCCGCCUUCCUCCUCCUCCUCUGCCUUCCGGAGGCCCCACCCGCCGCCGCCGCCGGUGACCCGACCCCGACUCCAUGGCCCCCGCAGUUCCACGCGACGCUGGUCAUGGACUCCCACGGCAACAUGUCCAUCGCCGACCUCUGGUACGACUGGCCGGGCGGCCGCAACCUCCACGUCAUCCGCUACCAGCUCGCCGACGACGCGCCCUACUUCGACAACGAGUUGAACAACGGCACCUCCUUCUUCUACACCCCGGCGCGCCGCUCCUGCCGCUCCGCCGCCGUCGGGGUCGGCAUCCUCCGCCCCGACUGGCUCCUGCCCGGCGCGGUCUACCUCGGACGGCGCGACGCCGGCGGAUUCGACUGCCACGUCUGGGCCAAGGCCGACUUCAUCACCUACUACGAGGAUGUCAAGACCAAGCGGCCCGUCAAGUGGGUCUUCUACACAGGUAGGAUCGCCUACGUGAUGAACUUUGAGGUGGGAGCAGUGCUGGAGGACGCGGCAUGGCAAGUUCCAGAGUACUGCUUCAACAAGGAUGGUGGCACAAUCACCGAGGCGGCUGAUGGGCAUGAUGACAGCUUCAUCCCCAGGUAUGUGUUGUGAGGAUUUAUCUUCCACUGGUGUGUUCGCCCUGGUCUCCGGUAGAGCUCUGGACAUUGGGAUGUCGUGUAACAACUUGACCAUACAUGCUUACCCUGAUCAUGAAAAUACCAGUGGAUCCAGUAAACGUGUAUGGUCGAUUGAUACCAGUGUUUGUGUGUUGACAUGAAUCAUCGGUCUCUUCUCUUGUGCGGUGUGUAUAAAUAAUUGUAGCAAUAGAAGUGCAGAUGGGAUGGACCUGUAUCUCGUUCUAUCAGCUCGGAUGAAAUGGAGCGAAGGACUAUGUAAUUCAUAGCUUGUAUCCCGUGGAAUGCGUGAUAAGAAAGAGUUGAACAGUGUAUGUUUGUUGAGAUGU